AUGGAGUCGCAACCAUCAGCACACAUGGUGCGGGCCGCACCCCCCCAGCCAACCUCGCCGGCGCACCCCCAGUGGCCGAGCCAGGCCGCCUCGACCGAGUACAGCUACGGAUACAACGAAAAGGACGACAGCAACUCACGACACCAGAGCCUCUACACCGAUCGUGGAAGCAAGUCGAGUUGUUGUGGCCGCGGUCGAGACUCGGUCAUCUCCCAUCCAUUCUCGCCAAAGCCCUCGUCCCCAAGUCCAGACAGCAGCAUCUCCUCCAUCAUCGACCACAGCAAACGGCACUCCUCUGCCACUGACUAUCGCCACUCGUCUGCACUAGACGGCCAGAACAUACAAUAUCCACCAAGAGCCUAUGUCGACCCGGAAAAGUAUGGCUACGAUCCAUCCGAGCAUCGAAACUCCUAUCGUGCCGGACCAGGGGCUGAUGCCAUCGUGUAUGACCAAGGCCAGUAUCACGAGAAAGGGCCUGAGGAGAAGGCAUGGCAGCUGCUGUUCUAUCUGUCUGGCCCCUGCGCUCUUCUUUCCGGUGCCAUCACUCUCUGGACGAUCGUCGCUUUACUGGUCUCGCUCGUGCUUGCACCCCUGCGACUAUGCUCCACACGACCACCGCUUGCAGAACAGCUAAAGAACUUCCUCGCCCCGGCGCUAAACUUGCAGCUGCACCUCGUCUAUUCCCACGACUCGGCAAAUGACUAUAGCGCGCCUAUGCUGGUUGUCAUCCACCUGUUCUCGCCUCUCGUGGCUUUGGGGGUCGCAAUCGCUGCCUGGACAGCGGCCGCCUUUUGGUUCUUUUCCUCCAUCCUCGGCGAUCCCGGUGGUCAUGACGGACACAAUGACGGCAAGGAGAGCAUUUUGGGCGUGAGGAACUGGUGGGAGCGAUGGCUCUCGAGAGGACUGAGGGAGUCUUCAGCAUGA